GUAUGGUAUCAAUUAUUUAUAAAUAAAAUAUCACUAAUUGAGUCAAAUAUGUAUAACGGAAACCUUAAGGAAGACGUGGGCUUUAUUAUUUCAGAGGAUCUUUAUUAUUUAAGUAAAUACAACACAACAGAACAAUGUGUUUAGACUUUAGAGAUAUAUGCACCGGUGACCGGAAGUUUUAUUGUUUUCCAUACUCCUGAGCUAAAACGUAAGGUUUUGUUUAAGUCUAAAAGGUGAUAUUUAUUUCAAAAUAUUACUCCACAUGCACAGGCACCGCCUCGCCACUUAUCGUUUACAGUACCAAAUAAAAUACCCAAAAUGAAAAUCAAAGUAUCAUCAUCAUCACCUUGAUUAUCAUGCAAUGAGUGCAUUGCCCUAGGCCCUAGUUACACUUAGCUUAUUAUUCCUUACAACCCCGUAUCUUAUUUUCCGCGUGAUUGGUAGAAUCUGAUUUAUGAAAUGAAAACACUCAGACUUAUUUUGACAAUUAUGGUAAUUAUUGAUUACAAACUGUGAUUGAGUCUUGUUGUUAUUUGAGAAAAUGUCGUUCAAGAAGAUACGGCGCAUAGGUAAUUUCAGAACAAAUAAUAUGACUGCGAAAUUUGAUGGAGACUGGGAUGUUGAAAAAUACAGGGAUGAGCACGAAUGUGAGGAACAUUGGCUUUUACGAAAAGCUUUCAUGGAGCGAUGGAAAAAUAAUUAUCCGGAAGAAAGAUUGAUAUGUUUAGCGCGUAUUUUCUGUAAUGUUGAGCUAAUGGGUUGCAGAUAUCCCCCUCUAGUCAUGCAGGAGAUCACACACCUGUCUUACGAGGUUGCACAAAAAUAUCGAGAACAGAGAAAAAAUAAACUAAAACGAACUUUUGUGUCUGCAUCAGUAGCAGCAGGAGACAAGAUCAAACGUAUUAGACGUGAGGCAGGAAAAAUAAUUGUUCAGCCAAAAGUUCCCCGAAUAAAUUUUGUACCUCAAGGCAAUACCAUUGACACUGGCAAUGAUAAAGACAUUAGCGUCAGUGAUAGCACAGGUGUCGCUGAGAAUGGCACAAGUCUCCAUCCCAAUGAUGCAGGUCUCCAUGACAAUGAUUUACAAACAAACAAUGAAAGCUCUGAUGAGUGUAGAAAUGAGGAUGAUGGUACCAAAGUAAUAGGAGAAGUAGAUAACAAGGCAGCCACCUUAAUAAGAGCGAAUGAAUAUUUAACGGAAAUGGUAGAUGUUAAAUGUAUAGAUGUCAAACAGUUUAAUGAGAAGAUGUUUAACACUGAAUUUGGGAAAGUGGUACUGUUAGUCAGGCCAUGGGCAAGGAAGAUGGAAAAUAUUCUAGCUAGUACUCAGGCUUGCGGGGUGCACUUACGCAGUACUUAUUCUGAUGACAUAUACACUCUAAGCUACAAAGGGAAGAUCAUAGCUCAAGCGCCCGGUACCAAAACUGAAUCAAGGAGUAUUGUAGAGAAUCUGGCUUGGGAGAAGUUUCGUAAGAGCGUAAUCAGUGUGCUUAUAAAGGAGCAAUGGGUGGCUCUCGGCGAAACCAUUGGACACAAGGAUGUGGACGGACAGCAGGCGAGGAAAGAAAUGUUCGGGACGCCAGUCGAAAACUCUGUCGCUAUUAAGAUGAUGAAGUUGAUGGGCUGGCAGGGCGGAGGCCUCGGCUCUGAUUCUCAGGGUAUCGCGGAACCGAUCAAGCCUAAUCUUCAAAUGGUGAACCGCGCGGGGCUGGGCAGCGAGCGCACGACGGACAUGCGCGCGCUCCGCAGCUGGGCGCGGCAGCUCAUGCAGCGCUACGCGCGCUCGGACGCGCUGGACGUGGACCUCGUGUUCAGCGCGGACUUCAGCAAGGCCGAGCGCGCCGCCCUGCAUCUGUGCGCGCAGCGGGCCGGACUCGCCUCCAAGAGCUACGGCGAUGGACGCGACAGAUUCCUUGUCGUCAAAAAGAAGAUAGAUCCUUUCACCUUAGUGCGAGCCAUCGUAGAAAAAGGUGGAGUCACACCGAAACACCAACUAUACAUACCAGCUGUACUUCAGGGAAAUUAGACGAUUAAAAUAUUAUGCGGGUUUUAAACUACGAGAGAAGGUUCAAGGUAAUGCAGAAUAAUGAAAACUGUAACAAAUUUCAGCAUUUUAAGUACUUAUAAGGGUCUAAUCAGACGGACCGCAUUUCAACCGUCACACGACUGCACGCCGACUGCAAUUGG